GCACGUAUUCUCAUUGCCAUAAUUUUUGUACGUUCUUUAUAUGCUCUCUGAGUUUAGUGCUAUUUAAAAAGUGUAAUUAAACUUCAGACACAAGAUUAAACAUUCCUUAAAGAUAAAAUGUGUUUCUUUUCACCAAUUGGUGAAACUUAAGUCAGAAUAUGGACAUGUUUUUAAUAUAUAGUGACGUGACAGCGCGCGCAUAGUAUUGACUAGAAAGGAAAUAAUUUUUGUGAAACUUUCUAUUUCAUAAGGAGUUAUGAACAUGAAAUAAUGACAGACUGGCUACACCAUCUCAUCUGGCGAAGAUACUGUAUCAGGAGGACAGCGCGUUUGUUUGAGGCACUUCACUUCAACUGUGUCUGACGGGAGAAUUAGCUUUUCUGAGCUGAGUCUUACAAUUUAUAGUAAAUAAAUAGGUUGAUAAAAUGUAUAAAACAAAGUAAUAACAAAAGUAUUGAACUCUGUAAAGACGCUAAACCCUUUUUUAAUAUUAUUGUUUUUAUUAGCCUACUAGCCGUUGAGAGUUACCAUGACAACCGCGGACACAUCAGCUGCUGGAGAGGAGAGGACUCGUCUGACAUUUUCUCUGUUUCUCGUCAGUUAUACCAAAGAAAAGUUAAACAACUGCGACAGUCUAUUAUCCAAGAGUGUCUAAAAACCCCUCUAAAACAGAGGGGAAGUUCCAAGAAAAUUUCUAAUGGAAGCUGCUGACAGACAUAUAGAGAAAACAGGAGCUGGAGACCGUGGAGAAGCAGAUCCGUGACCUCGUGGAGAAGCAGGCUCAGCUGAGAGAGCGGAGAGCCAUGCUGGAAACAUUCAGGGGUUGACGCUCAUAAGUCCGGGGUAAGUAUACAGCACGCUGCUAACUCUCCCACCACCUCUACUCUGUGUGGUUCUCUGCACAGGCCCGGUGUACCCAGGACGUGAUCUUCCCAGAUGUCCUUCACCCCAUGCCACAGUGUAAGACAUGAGCCAGGCCCUGGGUGACAACCUCUCUCCCUCCGCUGCCUCCGGUCUUCGGGAACUCCACCGGAAAACGAUUUGCUCGACUUUGCGAGACAGAACACGAUGCUGUGAUCAUCGGAGACUUUAUUGUCCGGCACGUUCGUGCUAUGUUAGCUGGAGGUAAUGUGCACACUCACUGUUUCCCUGGUGCUCGUGUUCUUGAUAUUUCUGCACAGAUAACCGCGAUCCUGAAGGGUGAAGAGAGCAUCGGAGCGGUCGUGCUUCACGCCGGGGUUAACGACGCCAAGCUGCGGCAGACGCAGACACUAAAGAGGGACUUCAGGAGCCUGAUCGAGACGGUGCGCAGCAUAUCACCUGUACGAUGAUCAUCAUGUCAGGACCGAUUCCCAUGUAUGGAUGAGGACACGAAAGCUUGAGGGUUUGAUGGAGAAGCAAGCUGCAAACACUGUUCUUCUCGAAGAUGCUAUCCAGCGUCUUUGUGCUCUUGAGCGAAAGUUUGACGGGCAAAGACCGCAAGAGGAACAAAGACCGCGGGAAGAGCCAUUACAUAAAAGGAUAAAGAGGGCGCACAACAUGGGCAUUGCGUUGUCCGGCCUUUUAACAGUUUGUCACGUCUUGUUACAGGAAGCUGUAAGGCGCCUUCACAAUUCGGAAAACAACCCACAUAAAUAUGAUCCACAAACUGGAAUAAGUUCGCCUCGUAACCAAGCAGUCAUGACUUAUCUGCUAGAGGAAUUGAAAACAACUUUUGCAGAUGCAGACCCUGAGUGUAUACAAGCGUGUUGCAAGACAUACUUUGAAACACUUCGGAGAAAGUACAAUUUGUCUCAGCCAGAAAAGUCCCAGCUAAGAGAUUCCAUUAAAACAGGAGCUAAAAACCGACAAAGGAAAAGACGGGUAAGUGUAGAAAUUCAUCAACUUGUCUUUAAAGGGAUAGUUCACCCCAAAUUGAAAAUUCUGUUAUUUUCUUCUGAUAACCACAAAAGAAAAUAUUUUUAGGAAUGUUUGAAAUCAAACUGAUCAUGAGCUCCAAUCACUUCCA